AAAGUCCCGGCGCUACGGACGAAUUGCACAAUUGACAGGUACGGAGAACAUACCGACGCCGGUUGGCUCCGGACUAGACAUAGUGCGUAUCCCGCGCGCUUUCUUGGUGAUAACUUCAAGCGAGUGCGAAACAGUCCAGCCUCGGUGCCAUUUCCAACCGACGGUGAGCAAAAUCAACAUCAAGAAAUCAGUUCUAGCAGAACACUCGCAAUGACAGUCGAUGCUGUGGAUCACAAGGCGUUGCCCAAGAUUGAGCUUCAUGCCCAUCUUAGUGGCAGCAUCAGUCGCCAGUGUCUCCAUGAAGUCUGGCUGAAAAAGAAGGAAAAUGGCGAAACGGACCUUCAGGAUCCCUUGAUUGAGAUGCCAUUGGGUAAACAUGAUUAUGACUUGAAGACCUUCUUCCCCCUCUUCUCCUCCUACAUCUACCACCUCGUCUCCGACGUCUGGGCCCUCCGCUACACCACCCUCUCCGUCCUCUCUGACUUCGCCUCCGACGGCGUUGUCUACCUCGAGCUGCGCACCACUCCGCGCGCCAUGCCUCACGCCGGUUUAACCAAAGCUCAAUACGUCUCAACCAUCCUCUCCGCCAUCGCCGAGUUCGAAAGCACCACCACUAGUGCCUUGAAGACAAAACUCAUCCUCUCUGUCGACCGGCGCAACACCCUUCCGGAAGCCUACGAAGUCCUCGCCCUCUGCCGCCAGUUUUCCGGACAAGGGGGGGUGGUAGGCAUCGACCUCUGCGGCGACCCUGCAAAGGGGCCCAUCGACAUUUUUACUCCUGUGUUUGAGGAGGCCAGGCGGACAAUUCCUGGGUUAGGAAUAACGCUGCACUUUGCCGAGGCCGAGGCGUCGGGAACAGAGGAGGAGUUGUUGACGUUACUGAGCUGGAAACCGGAUCGGAUUGGGCAUGUAAUUCAUUUGAACAAAAGAAUCAGGGAGAAGGUGAAGAGGAGGGGUGGGAUGGGGUUGGAGUUGUGUCUGAGUUGUAAUGUCCAUGCGGGCAUGGUUUGUGGGGGGGUUGAGAGCCAUCAUUUUGGAGAGUGGUGGAAGGUUGAGGAGACGGUUGUUGUUUUGAGUACCGAUGAUGUUGGCGUCUUCGGCAGCCCGUUGUCCAACGAAUAUGCACUCGUGGCCAAACACUUUGGGCUUACCAGAGCCGAUAUUUGCUCGCUUGUGAGAAGGGGGAUAGAUGUCAUCUUUGGAGGAGAUGAAGAGAAGGAGAGGCUCAGGGCUUUGAUGUGGUCUGCAUGAUCGUUGUAUGUAAAGUGGCACCGGAAGGAACUCGAUAGCAAGAAGAAACACAGCCUGUGGUUGAUCUAUCA